AUGAGUAGCGCAGAAGACAGCGGUAGCAAGUGCUCGUCCGGCCCGAUUUCCAGCUUUACCAUCCAGUCUAUUCUUGGCACGCCGUCUGAUCCGCCGCGCUCCGUCAACAAGGAGCUCGCGAAGGGGCCGCCGCCGCCGCCGCCGCGGAGGCGCUCACUGUCGGUGUCCUCCGAGGAGGAGUGCAGCGGCGGGGAGGACUCAGCGGACUGCUUCUGCUCCGACACGGGUCACAGCGAGCCGUGCACCCGGCACCAAGCCCAUAACUUCUGUAUAGGUCCCGGUAAAGGACUUCUCUCUGGGAAUGCGGGGCUCGCGCGGCGGCCGCACCUGCCUCAGCCUCUGCUGCAGGAUUACAAGGAGGAGAAGGAGAGACCGUGCCAUCAAAUGUCACCGCUGUCGGAGGAGAGACACACAGACGGUGCGGACAAGCAGGGCAACUCGGCCAAGAAGAAGACGCGCACGGUCUUCUCCCGCAGCCAGGUGUACCAGCUGGAGUCCACCUUCGACAUGAAGCGGUACCUGAGCAGCUCGGAGCGGGCCUGCUUAGCCUCCAGCCUGCAGCUGACCGAGACUCAGGUCAAGACGUGGUUUCAGAACCGGAGGAACAAAUGGAAACGGCAGCUAUCAGCUGAACUGGAGGCGGCCAACAUGGCCCACGCCUCGGCACAGACUUUAGUAGGGAUGCCGCUGAUUUUCAGAGAUAACUCCUUACUGCGUGUUCCGGUUCCCCGGUCUAUCGCCUUUCCGACGCCCCUUUAUUACCCGGGGAGCAACCUUUCAGCGUUACCUUUAUACAACCUGUAUAACAAGAUCGAGUACUGAUGGACUCUGUAUGUGUAUGCAGUCCACUUAAAGACGCAUUACAAAACAAUACAACAUUCUUAUAAGUGUCUCCACAUAACCCCUGUAUAUUAAUUGUAUCACUUUAUUUGUCGAGGAAAUUGUUAUUAUGCAGCAACUGUACGUCUCCCAUGAAAGCAACCAAGCUUAAUUGUAUAAAAUACACCAUGUGUAUAAUUAAUUACAAUAAUUUUGUGUACUUCUAUUUUCUUUCUCCUCCUUGAACUGAUACAAU